CGCUUCAUCAAAUCGGCGAUCUCCGACCACCAAAUGCCCCCGAAACUGAUCUCCAACGCAAAGCGCCGCACUCAUCCGCUCAUUUGGUUCGCUGCCGUUCUCUGUACUCUGGUUUCGAUCGCCGUCAUAAUCGCCGGUGUCGGCGUCUUCAUUGGCUACCUAGUGAUCCACCCUAGGAUUCCGAUGAUCCGUGUCAUCGGCGCUCAUCUCAAUAACUUCCAGAACGACAUCGCCGGACGCCUCGAGGUUCAGUUAACGAUCCUCGUCGAGGCGGAGAAUGAUAACGCGAAAGCGCACGCGAGUUUCUCCGAUACGAGAUUGUUCAAGAGUUUUCUAGGGCUAAACAUCGCUGAGCUUGUAGCCGAUCCAUUCGAUGUGAGGAAGAACAGCUCUGUCCAGUUCCAUUACGCCGUGAAUUCGAUUAAGAUUCCUUUGAAUCCAGAGCAGAUGGAGGAAGUCGAUUUCGUGUUGAAGACGGAUCUGAUCCAGUUCAAUUUGAACGGGGACACGAGAGUUCAAUGGCGAGUUGGAUUGUUUGGAUCCGUGAAAUUCGUAUGCCAAAUUCAUUGCGGGCUUCAAUUUCAUCAUUCCAACGGAACGUACUUGAUUUCACCUUGUAGUUCUCGAGCAAAAUGA